UUCGCCCGUUUCUUUCUUUUCAUUAUGCUGCUUGGCAACGAUCUUGAAGACAAAGCCUUGCCCAAAACAAGAAGCGUUGAGAUACUACGAAGCCCUCAGCCGUUGUUCCUCACGAAGAUUUCCGGGACAGUAUCUAAAAAUUUGGUGAAGUGCUUCAAAUCAACCUAUCUUGCUGAGACGUGGUCUAUAUGGGUCCGCACAGUGGAAUUCCAACAAAGAAAUGGAAACACAUUCAUUAGUGAGGACAAUCCCGGCGACAAAGAAGGCACGGGACUGCCACCAGCGGCUACUGAGGCGACAUCACAAGGGAAUAACGAUGCGUCUUUGAUUGCGAACGCUACUAAUGACGAGGUGUUGCCGUACAUUUGGUGUCCGGCACUUCGUCCUUCAGAAACACCUAUUGAGCCCGUACAGGAGCUCACUGGUAGCAAGAUUAAGUCUCGAAGCUUGGUGCAGACCGGGCUUGAAACUGCACCUCGGUCCAUACGGCAGUGGGUGAAGGGGAGAAGCAACCUGGGUAUAGUAAAGUCAGCGCUCACACAAUGGAAGAAAAAGAAAUAUCUACUUUAUUUGUCCGUGGCAAGGCACGUCGUCCAGAUAAACAACACCAAUCCUCAAAGCUUACCUCCGGAUGUUGACCCAGAGUACGAUAUUUUGUACGCAGAUGACAUCUGCAUCAUUUUAGGGAAAAAGCCAUCACCAGAAAAAACGAUAGACUGCUAUUUAUGGACCACUCAAAGCAGUAUUACGAAGAGCAAUCCUGAGUGCGAUUUGAUUUGGCAACAUCAUUGUCAUUUCCAUGUUACUGUUAAAUUUGAUUGGAGCGAAUGCACGUAGCUGUAUCAUUUGUCAAUAAAUGCGAGACAGCAGCUGCACAGUGCUUUAAGUGAUUUGGCAAGUUUCACUUCUUAUUUUACUGCACCUUGAUGUUUUUUUUCUGGAAGAGCAGCUGUUUAUUGUAAAAAUGUUUUACGACAUAAAUGUAUUGCUGACAUCUGUCCCAGACUUAAAA